AUGGUGCGGAGCUGGACAGGAAGGGCAUGCACAGCAGCGAUUGUUUGGCACCAGUACGACACGCACUUUAAGCAUGCUCGGUUCAACAGGAACGUUCGAAGCAUCUGGGCAGCAGUUGAGACACUAGUUGACUACAAGUUCCUGUUCUCGCGUCAGAGGACGGCUGAAGAGCUGGAGGCUCUGCACGAGCGAGUGGCCAAGAGAUGGUACGACGUGUGCUGCAAGAACGCAGGGCUCUACAUCAAGCUAGGGCAGCAGAUCGCUACCAUGAAUCACAUCCUCCCUCCUCCCUACCUCAAGUACUUCUCGGAGCUGCACGACCAGGCACCGAGCGUGAGCUACGAGGUUGUGGAGGGGAUCUUCAGGAAGGAGUUCAACGGCAAGAAGCCUCAGGAAGUGUUCCUGGAGUUUGACAAGGAGCCGAUCGCCUCCGCAUCGAUCGCUCAGGUUCACCGGGCUCUGCUGUCGGACGGGACGCCGGUAGCAGUGAAGAUCCAGAAGCCGGAGAUUGCUGUGCAACUGCCGUGGGACCUGGCAUGUUUCCAUCUCCUUGUGUUCUGCUUCGAGAAAAUAUUUGACCUGCCCAUGUACUGGACAGUUGAGCCCGUGUGCCAGGCGGUGAGGCAGGAAGUUGACUUCCACAUCGAGGCGAGGAACUCGAAGCUUGCAAGGGAUUUCUUCGAGGAAGACAAACGGUUCUACAUCCCUUCUGUGUUGUGGGAAUACACGUCGAGAAGGGUGCUCACCAUGGAAUGGAUUGAUGGAAUCAAGAUCUCGAAGCUCAGCACGUUGAGAGAGAAUGGGUUCGAUGUCGCAGCUGUAGCUCAUCUGAUGGUUGAAGCCUUUUCCCGUCAAAUCUUCCUCUCCGGUUUUGUGCAUGCGGAUCCACACCCGGGCAACAUGCUCGUCAGAAGAAGGCCCAACAGUCGAGAGACUCAGCUUGUCAUCCUUGAUCAUGGAUCGUACCUAAGUGAAUCGGAGAAGUUUCGCAAGCAGUACUGUGAGCUCUGGAAGGCCAUGGUCUUGCUAGAUACUGCAACUGUCGACUCGAUCUGCAAAAGUUGGGGGAUCAAGGACAGCAACUUCUUUGCUAGCCUGCAGCUUCUCAAACCUUACAACCCGGAGAAACACUCGGUUCAUCUCAACGCCACGACGAUGGAAGACAUCGUCAAGUUGCAAGUGGAAGCAUACGAGCGAGUGAAGAGGCUUCUUGGAGAUUCUCAGCAGGUUCCUCGCGAGCUCAUUCUCUUAGGAAGAAAUCUGAACAUAGUUCGCUCGAACAACAAAGGAAUGGGAAGCUCUGUCAACCGAAUCAACAUGAUGGCUCAUUUCGCGGCUGAGGGAAUUUCUGUAGACCUUGAAAAUCCUCUCGAUGCCGAACUGUGA